AUGGCUCUAGUGCACUUCUACCCUUUAGCAGGACGGAUAGUGCUAAUGGAAGUUGGACGAAUGGAGUUAAAUUGCAAUUCCGCCGGAGCUCAACUACUUGAAGCAGUUUGUCAGGAAACUCUUGAUCAAAUAGGAGAUUUUUCACCAAGCCCAAUGUUUCAUAAUCUUGUCCCUUCACUGAACUACAAUGAUAUGGAAAAUCUCCCAUUGUUGGCCAUACAAGUGACAAAAUUCAAAGAUGAGAACAUUGCUCUCGGCAUAGCCAUCUCACAUAUAAUUGCUGAUGGACAGAGUGCAUUCCACUUCAUUAUAGAAUGGGCUCGCUUAGCGAGUGGCAACAGCAUUUUCACUAAGCCCUUCCUAGACAGGAGAGUUCUACGAGGUGAUACAAGGGUUCCAAGAAGUGGUGGAGAAAGAAUAGAUGUGAAUUCGCACGCUGCAAAUCCUCAUUUACCAUUACCAAUAGUGAUCGGGGAAACAAGUGCAAAAAUCCAACAAGAGAAGAAAACUUCGAUAGAUUUGCUAAAACUAUCGACAAAAGAAAUCGAGUUUUUGAAGAGUCUUGCCAGUGAUGGCAUGGUUCCCGUCAUGAAACGGCCCUACAGCACAUUUGAGGUGAUUUCGGCACACCUGUGGCGAUGUGCAUGCAGGGCCAGACUACUCAUCCAUGAACAGCCUACAGUGUUGUCAUUUCCAAUUAAUUUUCACAAACUUAUUCAACCACCAUUGCCUGUUGGAUAUUUUGGUAAUGCAAUGCUUUAUAUCCGAUCUGUGGAUUCGUCAGGCAACUUGUUAACAGGUACAUUGGCUAAUACAGCAGCCAAGAUAAGGAAGACCAUCCUAGCAGUAACAAGUGAAUUUCUAUAUUCCGAGGUUGAAUUUCUGCAGAUGCAAACAGAUUUAUCCAAAUUUCAAGAAAGACAUGACCAUAUGGAAUAUCUUGGCAAUCCUAACCUCACCAUUUCAAGCUGGCUGACGUUCCCAUUCAAUGACCUAGAUUUUGGCUGGGGGAAAUCAUUAGGCAUGGUUGAAGUAUCUCACAAUGGGGAUGGGGAUUUUGUUCUUUGUGGUGACCGUCACAGUGAAGUAGUGGUUAGUGUGUGUUUCCAAGAGGAAUACAUCAAGAGUUUCAAAUAUUACUUUUAUGAGAUAUUUGGAGAUAUGAAUAAGGAGGAUUGA